GCCUACAAUAUUGGCCAAACACACAUGUGAUAUUAUUCAUUGAAAUGUUGAUAAUAAAAUGUUUUUAUAGGCCUUUACUUGAAUACAUUUUCUUUAACUAGACAUUACUGUAUAUUUGAUUGUAUAGGUGGAGCAGGUGCUCUGGCAGAGGGAUUAAUGUUGCUGGUUACUGGUUCAAGGCAUAACUGGGGCCAAGUGAGUCCUGAAGGAGAAACAUUUAUAUUGUUCUAAUAAAAAGAACCUUCUGGGUAAAUUUAUUUGGAAAGGAUUGUUCGCUAAGCAGGUGAACAUUAAAUUUUGUCCAGAUGGGAUGAAAAAAAGCAUUGGUACAAUUAUUAAUCACUAAUUAAUGACCAUAUAGGGAUAUUAGACACUAGCAUGAAACAGAAUGACCCAUUUGAGGGGACAGGAAACAGCCUUUGGAACAGGUAAAAUGCUUUAUGUUUUUGAGAUUAACACCAAUUUUGUUUUACCAGAAUACAGCUAAUCUUAAUAUAUCAUGACCAGUAUUUGCUUCCACAAUGAAAGGUGGAAUGUGCUUAAUUGGUAAAUUGGGUACAAGCCUGGUAGAUAGACUAAAGCGUAAUUGCCAACUAAAAGGAAGGUUUGAAUGACACUGGGUGUGAACCUUUCUUUCCAAUUAAAAUAAUUACACCGCAAUUUAUUUUCACCAUGCGGGGAGGUGAGGGUUUGAUUGAAAUAAUUUUCCUCAGCACUUUUCCCCCCCACCCACAGUUUUUCCUCCUGCCUUUGUUUGUUCGACCACAAAUGUUCUAAAGGUUUGCACUAGCAUGGUUAUAUCACAGGGUAAGAGGUAUCACUCCUGCAGUGAAGCAGACUUCAGCUCAUCCAGUAGUGCUGGUAGUCUUGGGGCAAGCCGGACAUUGGCCACCAGCUCUGGAGGGAAGAAAAUCUGCUACCCACGCAGCCGUGGUUCCCAGACCAAGGGUGGCGUCCUACUGAAUAAAACUCUGUUAAGCACCUCCAUGGCCCAGGACAAAGAGCUGGUCUCUGCACUCUACAGGACAUCCCCACGUGCUCCUCCCUCCAACAGCAGUAGCAGUAACAGCAGUCCUACUACCAGGAGGUCAAGCUCUGGCCGCUUGUCUUGUGUGGAAAGCUAUGGAAUCAAGGCCCCCAACCCUGAACAGUAUCUGACUCCAUUACAACAGAAGGAAGUUGCCAUCAGGCACCUGAAAACCAAGCUGAAGGACUCUGAGAGCAGAGCUCAGGAACGGGAGUCUGAGAUCGAGGAGUUAAAGGCGCAGCUGGAACGGAUGCGGGAGGACUGGAUUGAGGAGGAGUGCCACCGAGUGGAGGCCCAGCUGGCCCUGAAGGAGGCGCGUAAGGAGAUCGGGCAGCUCCGCCAGGUGGUGGAGACCAUGAGGAGUAGCUUGACCGAGAAGGACAAGGGCAUUCAGAAGUACUUCACAGACAUCAACAUCCAGAACAGGAAGUUGGAGUCAUUGCUCCACAGCAUGGAGAUGGCACAAAGUGGUUCCCUGCACGAUGAAUCUGCCUUGGACUUUAUCUGUGACUCCCCUACUGGGUCGAUGGCCAAACUGGAGGGUGGACUGGCCCUGGAGGACCAAGCUAUUGAGGAAAUGGCUGACAGUGGUUUAUUGGUUAAUGAUGAGAUGGCAAACCAGACAGACAUUUUUGAGCAGGUCUUGACAUCCACUGCAGUUGACCCUGGCAGUGAUGCCCACUCAAGGCUGGGGGCAGAGACGCUGGUCCUGCUGCAUUGUGAGCAGAAGACCCAUACCAGUCUGCCUCCAGACAUAGGCUGGGACAGUCCUAGUGAGAAGGCUGUCCAGACUGAUAUCACAGGUGCUUGGGAUCUCCAAGACUUCCUCUGUCAUCUAUUGAAAUUGCAUGCAGAGGGAACGCUCCCAGUGUCAGUGCUGAAAGCUGUGGACAUCAGCCCGUUACUGCACUUGGCCACCAGUGGCCAUGCUUCCCCUAUCCUGUUGACUCCUGAGAAAUCGAGUGACUCCGGUCUGUACUCCGAGUUGGCAGAUUUAACACGCUUUGAGGAGCCGCAUGCCAACCUGGCUCAGGUUGUCCCCAAAGACACUGGCAUUUUGGAGGUGACUUCUGAUCUUAUUUCCAACACUGGGCUGAGCCUAUAUGACCAUGGGUCACAUCCACCCUGCUCUCCGGCAAAUGAGCGGCAAUCGGCAGUAGUAGCUCAGAGGUCAUACUGGAGCAGUAGCUUCUUGGUGGACCUUGUUGCUCUUGCUGUACCAGCUUUGCCAACUGUAGCUUGGCUAUAUGCCAUGCACAAGAGGAAGGGCGUGCCAGUGUACAACAUCGGAAUGCUGAUCCGUGGUUGCUGUCUUGUGGGCCUGCAUAGCCUCCGUCAAGCCUCCCUAGGGCCAAAUGCUUAACUGGCUUCACCCACGGGCACAAACUCAAAGAGCACUUCACGUCUGCUUUGCUGGUUAUUCACAGCUUUUCGUCAUGUUAAUUUGCACUGCGCACAGUUAUUGGCUGAGACAAAUGCUGAAAGUUUGAGUAAUUUGCACUUUAUGGAAGAUUGCAUGGAAUAUUUAAGUUUGGUUGGGGGGAGGGAGGGUAGAUGUUAGUUAUUUUUUGUGUGUGUGUGUGUGUGUGGUCAAAUUGACAAUUUUAAAUUUUACUAUAGGUAUUUUAGGGAACUUGAUGGUAUACAAGCUGUUCAUGUUUACUUGUACAUGAAAUGAUGCUCUGGUAUAGUAGACGUACGUGACCUGUGUAAUAUUUACAUAUGUUCUACCGCAUUAAAGCAUGACUCAUCUCC